AUGUGCCCAAUGCUUCUCGGCAUGCAGAACAAAGAUCAGGCAGGGAUCUCCCGGUCCACAGACAAAAGUGAGGCUACGCGAUGGCUUACGGUCGUUUCAGAGCCGUUGGGCAACGACGACCCGCGUGGUCCAGCGGUUCAUAGGCUGUGGAUCCGUGAACCUGCGAUGGGGGAUCAGGUCAAUCAUGACCUUUUUUGCGCUUUCUAG